AUGGCACCGCAUGAGCCAAAACUAAACGCAAUUCUCGCCAGCGAGCCUUUACCAAUCCCGCACCCAAGCUUCAUCGACUCACCAUCUCCUCCACUCUGCUUCCAGACCGAAUCCGCUCGCUCUGCUCUGAGCGCAUUCACCUGCACCCUCUGCAACAAGUCCUACUCGCGCCACCCCGAAUACGAAGCUCACAUCGGCUCUUACGACCACCAACAUCGCAAGCGCCUUCAAGAUCUAAAACAGCUCUCCCGUGACCCCAACGCCGCCGAAAAGGCCCGGCGGGCAGAACGUCGCGCCGAUGCCGAAGCUGGGCUGAAAGUCCUGGAUACGACGCCCAGCUCCACGGCGUCUGCAAGCGCUGCUGCGAUAGGGAAAACGACGAAGCCUGGCGGUAGUGGAGGCGGCGGAGGCGGUUUCAAAAAGGGCGGAUUUAAAAGCUCGUUUGCAACGGUCAAGGGUCCUUCGGCGCCAGUGAAGAAGAAUGUCUUGGGGGAUGAGGAUGAGGAAGAAGGUGACGGGAGUGGGAAGAAUGGGGUCAAAGGCGAGGAGACGAUGGACACGGUGCAAAAAGAUCGAGAGUUAGAAUCUCGGCGCAGUGGGGAUCUACAGGGCAAAGUACGUGGUGUCGAGGGGGAAGAGCGAGAGAGUGACACGGACGAGGAAUAUGCGCGAGAUCGAGAAGGAGGAGGAUAUUAUGACCCACGACGGCCGACGGGGUGCCAUACUGGUUGUCCUAGUCGGGCAAUUGGUGUCCAACCAUCGUCGUGA